AUGGCUGCAUCGCUCCCUGUGAUAGAUUUCAGCAGGUGGCUGCACGGCUCGCCGGAGGAGCAGAAGGCAGUCGCAAAGGAUCUCGCAGAAGCCUGCCGGAGUGUGGGCUUUGUCUAUGUGAUUAAUCAUGGAGUCACCCCCGAGCUCCUCGACGAGGCUUUCAGCUGGUCGAAAAGGCUGUUUGACCUGCCAGAGGAGAAAAAGAUGCUCGCACCCCACCCUCCAGGACCCAACGUCCACCGAGGCUACUCCUGGCCAGGCCUCGAGAAGGUGUCGCAGUACAUCCACAAGGACGACGCAGACUCCGACGACGAGGAUGCCGAGCUCCGCAAGGUCCAGGACUGCAAGGAGUCAUAUGAGAUCGGGAGCGAGACCUUUGCACAGCAGCCCAACCAGUGGCUGCCGGAGGAGGUGCUCCCGGGCUUCCGCGAGUUCACGACGAGCUUCUACUGGUCGUGUUUCGACACCGCCAAGGAGCUCCUGCGCGCCAUCGCCAUAGGGAUAGGGCUGGACGACCCGGACUACCUCCUGAGGUUCCACAGCGGCGAGAACAACCAGCUGCGGCUCCUGCACUACCCGCCCGUCGAGACCGAGAAGCUCUUGAGUAAUGCGAUCGCGAGGAUGCCGGCGCAUUCGGACUGGGGCUCCAUCACGAUGUUGUUCCAGGAUGACUGUGGUGGGCUACAGGUCGAGCACCCCAGGAAGCCGGGGGAGUUCGUGGACGCGACGCCUAUGAAAGGGGCGCUGGUCAUGAACGUUGGUGACCUGCUCAUGCGGUGGAGCAACGAUUACCUCAAGUCGACACUCCACCGCGUCACACUGCCGCCAGUUGCAAAAGAGCAGCCCGAAGGAGGCAGAGGCCUGACAAGAGCCCGCUACUCGAUCCCGUACUUUGUCAGCCCCGACCCGGAAUCCAUCAUCGAGUGCCUCCCGGCCUGCGCCAGCGGCCAGAACCCCGCCAAGUACCCGCCGGUCCUGCAAGACGACUACAGGAAGCUGAGGGCGAAGCUGCAGUACUCGGACAAGCCUGAGGUGCCUAAGAAGUCGGUUGCUGUGUCAUAG